AUGGCUCUCAUCUUCAUCAUCACAUUGUGUUUCAGUUUCUAUGAAGAGCUGCUGGCCCAUGGUGUUCUGAAGCCACUGUUGUCCUCAGUGGAAGGUGCAGAGGUGUUAUUUAACCACCAAGUCACCCACAUCUACCAGAAUGGCGCGAGCUGGGAGGUGUGUCGGAAGGGCACGGCCACGGAGCAGUUUGACGCUGUGGUCCUCACCGUGGCCAUACCGCAGAUCCUACAGCUGCAAGGAGACGUGGGCUCCUUGCUAGAGGAGAUUCCGCGGCAGCAGCUUGGGGCGGUAAGCUACUCGUCGCGCUAUGCGCUGGGCCUCUUCUACAAAGCCCAGGCUCACUUCGACGUCCCCUGGGCCGCCAAGUACGUCUCCAAUAAUCCCUGCAUUCCCUUCAUCGACGAUCAAAAGCGCAAUUUAGAAUUCCCAGAGUGCGGUCCCUCCAUGGUGGUCCACAUCAGUGUUCCAUUUGGUGUCAAACACCUGGAGGAGGCCAAGGAGCAGGUGGAGCCUAUCAUCCUGGUGAAGCUGAACAAGCUGCUGCCUGGCUUGCCACAGCCCGACAGCAUCAAGUGCCAGAAGUGGAGAUACUCACAGGUGACGAGCUCGGUGGCCGACUGCCCAGGGCAGAUGACGCCGCUGUCCCAGCCUCUGUUGGUGUGUGGGGGCGACGGCUUCACACAUUCCAAUUUCGACGGCUGUAUCGAGUCUGCCCUGAAGGUGUUUGACGUUCUGAAGUCCUCUCUCUGAUGCCUUAAGGGGUGGUGGGGGGGGGGGGUUGGAGUAUAGUGUGGGGGCCUCUAUGUGUACAGUAUGCUAGCCCAGAGAGGGGGGUACUGCCAUUGAUCCAUUACCCUAUCCCCCCCCAUCAUGGAUGAAAUCUGUCAAAUAGAAGAGUUGAACUGUCCACUGAAGUACUUGAUAUGUUUUUUUAACAUGUUGAUGCUAUGCUGUGUUCACUUGUGGUUAGAUGUGGAACCGGUGUGUAUAUGACCCACUAAUACAACAAGGUGGACCAUGAUUCCGUUCCAAGGAAGUACUUUACUGAAAGUAAAUAUGGUGUUGUUACUCAGGAUUUCUCUCUAUAAACAUCUGAUUUUGGUUCAGAUUGAAUAAAAAAGUUGAAAACUA